AUGCAGACACUUGCCCACCUAUCACCCAGCGCCUCGUCUAGCGCUACCCUCACACAGCUUCCUGUGUCGCUUUCAGCAGGACAACGCAGGCGGAGCUCCACUCUCCCUUUGCCACCCACGAGCGAGUCGAGCUGUCCUCGUUCAGCAUGCGUCGGUUCCGCUAGACAGGCUUCCGCAUCGAGUACUAGCUUUUGGUGCAACGACGUCGAUCGAUUUGAGCGCCAAACCACGUCGUCGCCCACAUUGGCUGCUCGUGUCGGCUGCAUGGUCAGACCAAACCUGGCUUGCAAGAGGCGUCUCUCUGAAGCCGAUAUGAUCUUGGCCCGUCGUCGCAAGAAAAGCGUUCGAAUGGCUGUUGCUCACGCUCGCCGAAAGCGCCGUUGGGGCCUGCCGAGCUCGCUCAGCACUCGUCGUAGCUCGAUCGCGUCCAAUGCGUCUUUGGUUGCUCCGUGGCGCGCGGCUCGCCAACACCAGCGCCGUCAACGUCAGCUGACACCAGAUUCGUCGAUACAUGCCAACGAGGACGCUUCCGGCUGUGCUCGUACCCCUGCGCUGAUCACAGCUGAACACAACAACUCGACGAGAACCGAGGUGCUUCCAGAGCUUCGUCUGCUCUCUGCCACGCGCACUGCCCCUAUUGGCUGGUCACACUUUUCCGGUGCAGCGGCAUUCAAACCGCACAUGGUCGAAACGUACGAUGAGCUGCAUGCCAAGCGUACACCCGAACAACAGCGCUUCUGGCCCAUCAUCGACCAUCAGCUGGACCACACAGGCGCGCGCAUGCUGUCGCUCUGCAACCCCUCGCCCUAUGCACUUGCUGGCAAGUCGGCGCAGGACGAAGAGCAGCGCACUUUGCCCAAAGCAGCCGCGCCGCUCUCGCGUUGUUCCAUGCAUGCGUUUGCGACAGACUCGCAAGCGAUGGCUUUUUCGGACGAAGACCACUCGCCUUUGACACCAGAAGCACCGCUUGAACGUAGCCAACGCUCGUCGACGUGUCGUGUUUCUCGUUGGGCGCGCAAUGUGGUCAACACGCAAGUGCAGCGCCACACGCACCUCUCUCCUUCGGCCACGCUGUCGGCAGUGAUCGACUUUACUCGCGCCCAAGCCAGCCACAAGCACGAGCUCCAACAUGCGGUCGCCACCCCGCCACAGUCACCAGCACGAAACGCCUAUGGACAACUCAUCCACUCGCCCCCCUCGCCACACUCUGACUACGUCUGCAAACCUCAACUUGCACCGCACGCUCCGCUACGCAUCGCGCCUCGUCAGCCAGCCUCUUCCGCCUCGCAAUCCAACGACUACUUUGGUCAUUGGGAAUCCUACCUUUGUCGUUUCGGCAAGGAGUCCACUUUCUGA